AAUUCUCUUCUCCUUUAUAGACUUUUAAUUACAGGAUAACUAUGUUAUUCCCCUGUCAAACGCGCUUUCGUUGAGACACACGCCACUCUAAUCAAUCGUCCGAUUCGGAACAAAACUAGGCUGAAAAUUGAACGUACUGCCCAGCGACGGCGAUGGUAGGUUCCAAAGCUGCGAUUGAGGUGGCGAAGACGGUCAUCGAGGUGGCCGACGUGGCGUGGACGGCCAUGGAGUUCAACCACCACCACCUCCACACCCACGAUCAAGAAGAGACCGGUACGCAGGCCAAAGCCGCGGAAUCUAUGUCGGUAGAUGAAGAAUUGAUAGCCUUGAGAUCCGAGAAUCGGCGGUUGAAGAGCUUGCUCGAGCACAAUCUCAAGCUCCUCCAGAAUUUGUCAGAAUCGCCUCCGUUGAUGAGUGAUUGCCCUCCUGAUCUCUAUGCUCGCCUGGCUGCCACUGUGGAUUCUGAAAAAUUCUUGAGCCAGCUUAAAUCCCUCCAAGAAGCAACCAGAAAUGGAGCUGCUCCUGGAUUCCCAUUCAAGGAGGCUACAGGUGAUGACUUGCACACUGUUGAAGUUCUUAUUAAGGUUGACCAAGAAGAACCGAGUAGGUGGGUAUGGGUCACGGAAGAAAUGAUUCAUGGCAAUACUGAAGAACAUAGUGGAAUAGAUAAUGAGUGCUACGUGGUCAUCAACGAGGAUCAGGUGAUUGAUGCAGUUGCUACCUUUAUGGCUAAGUGCAUAACUGCAAACCCAAAAUCUCAGGUAUCUAUCAAGGUACUCAUAUUGCGAGCUUGUGAAUUUUCAGCCAUUACACAAGCUCUCGGCGGUGGUGGUGUUAGCAAAUUUGAGAGAGCAAUGGAUAUUUGGCAUGCCUGGCAGCUGUUCUAUGCCCUUUCGACCUGGGGAAUUGCAUUGGCAGGUUUAUACAAGACUCGGGCUGUGUGGAAAUAUGCUGCCGUGGGUGUUCACAAAACCAGCAAGGUUGUCCUCAGGGCUUUGUGAAUCAGAGGAAAGACUUAUUGUGUGAUGUAAAUAUAACAAAUUUGUGUGGGGAGGUUUAUGUCUAAAUGUCGAAAUAUCCAUGUGAUUGUUCAAGCUCUUCCCAAUUGUAGAUACGUUAUCUGUAAAUAUUAGCGGGAGAUGGCAAUCACAACAUUUGUGAUAUUUCAGUCAUUGUUUGAUUGGAUUGGACAAGAGAUCAAAGGAAUAUU